UCUCUUAUCUCUCCAUCCAUUAUUAGUAUAUAAACGUAUGUCAGCUCAUCAUUUACUCCAACCAAUACCAUAGCAGCUGGUAAACUUUGCUUUUUUAAGUGGCAUUACAAUGGAACUUCCCAUUCCCAAGAUUUGCUUUGCCAUUUUAAUCCUAAACGCGUCCUUCUUCUUUCUCCUUACAUCAACCCAAGCUGAAGAAGCCCUAUUCCGAGAGUAUAUCGGAGCAGAGUUCAAAAAUGUAAAAUUUUCAGAUGUUCCAAUCAACCCAAAUGUUAAUUUCCACUUUAUAUUGUCCUUCGCUAUUGACUAUGAUACAUCAGCUUCUCCUUCUCCCACAAACGGAAAAUUUAACAUCUUCUGGGACAGUAAAAAUCUCAGCCCCUCCCAUGUUUCUUCCAUCAAGAGUAAGAAUUCAAAUGUCAAGGUAGCCCUUAGUCUUGGAGGAGACACCGUCAGAGAUCGCUAUGCUUACUUUGAACCAUCUUCAGUUGAAUCCUGGGUUUCUAACGCAGUUUCUUCACUCAAAAACACGAUCAAAAAGUAUAAUUUGGAUGGAAUCGACAUUGACUACGAGCAUUUCAAGGCAGAUCCUGAUACUUUUGCUGAGUGCAUCGGACGGCUGAUAAAAACUCUCAAAAGCAGUCGGGUCAUCACUUUUGCUUCAAUUGCUCCAUUUGAUGAUGAUGAGGUUCAAAGUCACUACUUGGCCUUGUGGAAGCGUUACGGGCACCUCAUAGAUUAUGUUAAUUUUCAGUUUUAUGCAUAUGACAAAGGUACUAGCGUUUCUCAUUUUAUUGAUUACUUUAACAGACAAAGCUCAAAUUAUAAGGGUGGGAAGGUGUUGGUAAGUUUCACUACUGAAGGAAGUGGUGGAUUGUCCCCUGAUAGUGGAUUCUUCAUUGCAUGCGAUAGGCUCAAGAGACAGCAAAAACUUCAUGGUAUCUUUGUGUGGUCGGCUGAUGACUCCAAGGUAAAUGGUUUCCGCUAUGAGAAGCAAUCACAAGCCAUCUUGGCUAUUCCAUAAUUAAGAUCAGUUUUAAUAUGUGUGUGGCCACCGUUGUUAUUCCUAAAGACAGAAGGGCUUUUGGGUCUUUUCACUUGAAUUUUAUUCUGUUGCCGUUUUGUGUUUAUCAGCAUGUGAUAUUGAUCCCUGGUCAUAAUAUGUUGUGUUUGGUUUGUUAAAUGAUAAGGGUGUUUUAU